AUGGACUCCUCUUGCCUGCAUCCUGAUCAGCAACGAGCCUUCAAUAUCAUUGAUUGGCAUAUGAGGGCAACUCUCGCUGGCCAGAACCCGCCACAGCUACUAAUGAUCAUUCCUGGAGAGGGAGGCGUUGGCAAAUCAAAGACUAUUCAAACCAUCACGGAGAACUUUGUUGCUCAUGGAGCUGGAGGGCGUCUGGUGAAAGCUGCAUAUACAGGCAUUGCAGCAUCUCUUAUUGGUGGAAAAACACUGCACAUAGUAGCCUGCAUACUAGUCAAGGGAAAUUAA